AUGGAGGAGGAAGAGUACGAGGCAAAUAUGGGAAGAAUGAUGGAGAAUGAUGAGUUUCAGGAUGAUAUUGAAUUCGAGUAUAGAUAUGAUGACUUUUUCAAAGUGGAACAAUCCCUCGACUCGGAAGAGGCAAAACCUUUCGAGGAAAGAGAGUGGGAAGAAGAGGAAGAACCGCCUGUACAAGAUUGGGAGACAGAAGCGAAGAAGAAAAUUAAUAUAGAAAUGGAUGUGCCGUCGGAGGAAAGAAAACGGAAAACUGUCCAUGAUCUCAAUGCUUACUCCUCUCGACCGUCAUUGAACGACAUUUCGAAAUCUAACACGACGCAAACAACCACGGAGCCAUCAAAGAAAAUUCGAUAUUCCGUGUCGAUGAGACUACCGGGACUUGCAAGAAUCGAUCUGUCGCCAUUGACACAAAAAAUCGUGGGCUGUAUCAUUGGAGAGGAUGUUACCACGGAAUUUCCAUGGGUGCGCGUUGGAAAGAACAUCAUAGAAGACAACAUAGACUUACAUUCUGAGAGCAGUGAUUUUCUGCUAGUAAAGGACGAGGUUCAUGCAUUUCCUGAUAACAAGAUUUUCAUCGGAUACGCACCAUCCCUAACCGAAAAGGGCCAAUUCUACAUUGUUCUUACCGAGGAAGGCAGAGACGCUGUAGUGAAACAUAUACAUGAGCAAAGGGAGGAACACGAGAAUCGUGUAAAAAGUGCGAUUUGCAAAUUUCCUGGCCGAUGGGAUGACUUGGGAAGUGGUGCCGACGUCGAUGCAAACGUCGCCAAGAACACAAGGCCGCUAUUCGAGAUUGAGGUUACGUCUACCGCUGAUUUGCUGAACGUGCCGAUAAAGCUAACGGACAGGAAGGCGGAUGAUCAGAGAGACGGAUACAUUGAGCUGCUACCGAAUAACCGGCAAAUAUUUGAGAAUAUACGACGUAAAUUGGUAAGCAGGUAUACGCAAGUGAUGCCGAUCGUACGACACAGCGAGGUGCAAACGGCACCAUCGAUAUCUGUCAAUUCUUGGUACCAAUAUCUGUACGAAUACAAGACAAUCGAUUUGUCUACUUAUACCGAGGAUAAGAUAGAGGCCUUAAAAUAUUUUUUGAAACUCUACACUGAUGAGGUGUGCGAUCAGGUUUUAAUGAACUCCACGUGGGAUAUAUAUGCAAACGAUUAUGCAAAUUUGGUGCGUAGUGAAAAGGAUACGCAGGUACCUAUACCUAUAGGCUAUGAAGAACAUCAAAGCUACUACGACGGAAAGAUCAUUGUGGAUAAAGUUAUCAAUGAUCUCUGCUGGCAUCCGUUCUGGACCGGAACGAUGAUAGCUGCUUAUACGCAACAUGCGAAGAGCGAGCAUUUAAUAGGUCCCAAAACUUAUGAUGAGGUAUUUUUAGCUUGCGAGGGCAACAAUAAAGUAUUAAUAUGGUCUUUCGACGACUGUUUGUCACCUAAACUCAUCCUUGAAUGUCCACGAGAAGUGACAUCCGUUUCGAUCGCCAUCUGGCACAUUCCCGGCAAAAUCGAGCAGGUGGAGAUUGUGGUGACACAGACGAGCGCCCAAGUGAAGUACAGCAACGCGAUGAAGAGCUUGAUGACAUGGAUGCGCGAGACGACGUCGUUGAUCAGUCCGACGGCGAUGUCCUCCCUCAAGUACAGCCAGAAGGCGGGCAUCACCCAAAUAGUCUGGGUGCCCUCGCAUCACAAGAUCGACAAAAACGGCCGGAUCUUGUCCUUGCCGGAAGACGCGCCCCUGGACGAUCUAAGCUAUCAGUUUGCAACCGCCUGCACGGACGGCACCGUCGCCUUUUGGGAUCUUAAGUGGGAUCCUAUGGAGAAAACUAUUGAGCAAAUUCGUACCGAACGAAAGAAGAAGAUUCAACCAGAUAUUCAGGAAUCCGUGACGCAGCCGGCAUCGCCGUUCAAAAUUCUUGAUCGUGUCUUCAAGCCUCACUAUUACCUCAUGAUUCAACAUCCGGAUGAGAAUCGAUAUCUCGUGAUAACGACUCUCAGCAUGUACAAUCCAAAGUUUCACAAGGAACAAGUUGAACCGUUCUCGAUGACAAGAGACGAUCCCACAAUUAGAAAGUAUUACAGACCCAUAAUCGAGAAGCCGGACUAUGUCAUGGAGCCGAAGAUACUCAUCGGUACUAUCGAAGGUGAUUUUGGUUGCGUAACGUGGACCGGCUACGAAUUCACCGAAGUGGGCAUGAAUCGCGAAACGGCACGGUGGGUCUGGAUAAAGAAGGUACACGACGGACCGGUUACGCACGUAGUCAGAUCCAGAUAUUAUCAUCAGGUGGUGGUCACAAUAGGAGGCAAGAUCUUCGCCGUGUGGCGGGACGAUUUCGCCAAACCGGUCAUUUGCAAAAAAUCCAACGUUGGCUACUCGGCGUGCUCAUGGGGAACUAUACGUCCGACUGUUUUGAUUUUGGGGCGAAUAGACGGUACCAUAGAAAUUUGGGAUUUCGAAGUCAAGAGUCACGAGCCAAGCUUCAUGCAGAGUCUGUCUGGACGGGUAAUUACAGGCAUCUAUACUCACGAGUUACCGCUGGAACCGCAGUGUAUUGGAUUUUGCGACUUCAAUGGCUCCUUAAGAACGUUCACGGCGCCACGUGUCUUACUGACAUACGACGUGGGCGACGUCGAGUGGAUGAAAAAGUUCAUCGACCGACAGGUUCAAAGGAUAACCGAGUUUCGAGCCUGGCAAGAAUCAUGGUGUGAAUCAAAUCUCGAGGAGAUCUUGAUGAAGAAGAAUCUCAAAAAAAUGAAAGAAGAGAAAAAGCGUCUGGAGGCUGAGGAGAAGAUUAAAGUUGACACGAUCGAUGUGGAAACCGAUCUUUCUUCUUUUACUAAGUUAAUUUCGUACUAUUCAUAGCAUCGGAAGCCCUGGCAAUUCAUCGAGGAAGCCAGGGAACGGUGGACGUCAAUGGAAGCAAAGCGCAUGCAACGAGUGAUCCUGGAGAAAAAAGGGCUCAAAAAGGACAUCCUCGAGAGGCAGCGCGCGCCGCUUCUUAGAUUGCGACAGGAAGCGAGGACAAAGAAGCAUAAGAUACGCGAGAUCCUGAGUCUGCAGGACAAGAUCUUUGAGGAAACCGUCAUGUUCCUCUUCCCGGAGCAGCAGGAGCGCAGAGAAACUUUGUUGCCGCCUUUGCCAUUCAAAAAAACUUUCAACACAAGUGUGCGAACAACAUUAGACGCUAAUUAUUUUUUCUGUAAAAAGGAAGUUUUUGCUGAUUCUGAGGAAGAAAUUAUAUACAAUUUUAUGGAAGUACAAGCCGAGGUUUUGGCCAAAUUAAAGAGCAAGCCUUUCAAACGCACGUUCGACUGGCGCAAAGUACUCGCGCAACGAAAGUCGAGGAGAAGAUCGAUGGACAUCGAACUCAAGAAGUUAAACAGACUGAAGAAGACGUUCAAAGUGGACGGUGCUGUAAACGAUGCAUCACGUCUUGUCGACAACGUAUAA